UUGCCGGACGGACGGAACAGCCGUCACGUCAGUCCGUUUUCUGUCGCCACGUGUGAAAAAUCGGACACCAUGGGCUGCGGGACGAGCAAUGUCGAGAACAGCCGCGGCCGUCUCCGCGCCGAUAAGGAACUGUACUUGCCGUCGACGGAACUGCAUUUCAACGCCGGUCAGAUGCAGCGGCUCAACGACAACUUCCUGCGUGGUUAUGAAAACUCGGAUGACAUACCUACUAGUUCAUCAUCACUAAACGUGGAAGCCAUAGUUAAUCGUAUUAUGCAACGUUUGUUGUGUGGAAUUGGGAAGUUGGACAAACGAUUCGCCUGCAAAUUUUUGAUCACUGCAGAACCCAUGUCAACCUCAAUAAAGUUGUCCAAAAGCUUUAGCUACUAUGUACGACUUGACGUAUUGUCAGAACCGAAAAUUUACGAGGAUGAUUUUGACUACCAAGUAAGAUGUGUAGUGGAAGAAGACGGCGUACCCCAAGGCUUUGCUAAAAUCCGACUAGUCACCAAUGAACCCGAAAAAUGGGCAGAUUUAAUUGACAAUGAUGGAUAUCUCAGACGUGAUAAACUAAAAUUGCGCUUUGUUGAAUUGCUGGCCAAGUCCGCUUCCUGCAAGAGUGACUUCGUCGGUCGACCCGAAGACGUAGACGAAAGUUACUUGUGCGGGUGUCCUGGUAAGAUCGUCGACGCGGGAAUGCUGCACGAGAUCCUCAAGAGUCCCGCUGACGAACAUGUGUUUUUUGGGAUGGGUAGCACCGGUUCCACUAAGUUUCCCGACCCGAGAGAUCUAAGGAUCGCCGUCGUCGAAGACGCGCAGUGCGUUAAGUUGCGCAUAUCUGGUCCUAAAACGUCCGGCGACAUCGCCGUCGUUCUACUUCCCGCCAUCGAGUUUUCCGGUUGGCCUAAAUACACAGACGUCCUGUCCAGAAUACCACUCACUCAUCCAGACAUUCUCAUACAUCAACAAGCUACGACUAUGGGAUACUACGCGGUUCCGGUGGCGCCACAUCCAACGGUCAGGUGUUACGGUCGGCCGGCCACUUUUCAGAUGAGAUUCCCAGCGGCCGAGUGUCUGUACCAGACGCACUACUCGGAACGGAGCGUGGUGAGCAACAUCUACCACUUCCUCCGGACCAAGGUGCCGAAGUUGCGGAAGGGCGAAAAUGGCGUGUGCGUGGUGAGUGGUUACAUGCUAAAGACGCUGCUGUGGUUCCGGCUGGAGGCGUACGGCCGGGUCGAGGACUGGGACCACCGGUGCGUGGCCGUGCACGUGCUGUCGGUGCUCGACGCGCUGGUAGCCGCGCUCAAGGCCCAGCACCACCGGUCGUACUUCUACCCUUACGCCAACGUCGUGCUGAACGCUCCCCGGGCCUGCCGGACGAUGGUGUCCGAAGACGAUUACCAGAACGACGUGGAGAUCGUGGAGGCGUACAUGUACGGGCUGUUCGAGAAGUCUAUGGGCAGCGACUCGAUCGUCACCGGACAGGCAUUCCAGAACACGGACGCCGAUUACUGGCAGAACCUGGAGUCGGUCAUGCUACACAAGUGGUACCGGGUACUGGAUACCAUGGACCCGAAGCCCCGGAGGUUGGAUUACUCGAGGAAACAAGUGGAGUAUAUCGGCGAAGUGUUCAAGGGGAUGUUGGCCACCAGGCACUGCAUUUCAACGGGCGCGGCGGAAUCGUCGUCCGCUUGGCACUUUCUGACAGAAGAAAAGAUCCCGCGGUGCAGCACAGGGUUGGUAGCUGGAGACGAGAUCGGGCUGGACGCCGCGUAUCUGGUGUCGGUUGUCGCGGAACAGGCGCUGGCCAUUUAUGGAGCCACCCGGGACAAGAAGGACGACGACCGGAAGCGGCGGCCGUUGCGUUCGGCCGUCGUCGCCGACAAAAAGAGCGGUGUCGCCGGUAGUGGCCGCCGCGGUCGGUGUUUCGUGGGACGCCAGCGCCGCCGGACACCGUCCACCGGCGGUGGACCGGAAGCGGUACGCCGGUUGCUGUGUGACGUGUACGCGGACGCCACGGUGGCCGAAAUUUCUGGUGACUCAGACCUGGUGCGGUUCGUACUCGGACGGUUACAAUCGGCGGCGACGGCCGCCUCGGCCACCAACUUCCGACUGAUGCGGUGCAGACGACGACGCGUCGGACUGGGCCCGCCGCUGUCGCUGUUCCUGCGACAGCUGUACGACGUGUCGCAUAGCACUUGUUGGCACCUGGACGAGUGGCGGCGAAGGUGGGACCGGGACGAGCUACGUUCGUUGGGCGCUUUUUCCAGACUGCUGUGCAGGGACGAAGUGCGGCCUACCGAUGCGUUGUUGGACGCCAUACAGAAAGGGUGGUCUUGGGCCGACAAACUUCUGUUGGCCGCCGUCGAAUUCCAGGACGGCGUGGACAUAGUCUGCACGCCGGGUCCGGGGGACGUGCAACGUUUCAGUAUAUCGCUUUCGGAACCUGAACAGGAAACGUUCGCGUCCCGAAGCCUGGGCCGGGCCGCGGACAGACAACAACGGUAUUCCGCUCGGGCGGACACGGUAUCCAAUAAAUUCAAAACGGUUAGAGGCAUGUCGUUUUUGGACGCCGACAGCUCGCUAAACGAAAAGAAAAACGCUCCAAAAUCAACCGUCGCCUCAUACGUCCGUCUACAGUGGCAGAGUCCAAUGACGGCGAUGAUUGCGUCCAACAGAUACAGGAGCAACCACCGAGUCCUGGGAAACAUCGUCAACGCCUUGAUAAACUUACAAAAGUACACAGUGUUGCAGGAAAUGUGUGCGGUAUUGCCGGAAGACAAACAAGGGCCGGUGCUGGACGACAUCCGAAAGAUCAGCAAGGAAAGACGGCGGCAACGGGGCGCGGCACCGAUGUUGGCGUCUGCCACGGCUCGCCACGGCCAGUCUGCACCGGCCGACGGAUUGACCGGCGUCUACCGGUCGACGUCCGAACUGUCGAAUGCCGGCGCGAUGGCCCCGACCACAGACGAAGGCAACGGCCACAGUGCGGGCGUCCUGCGGAAGGCCGACACGGGCACUCUGAUGGCCACGGUGCGGGCGGCCAGACGUAGACAGUCCAUGUCCGCCACUGUCGUGUACAACCCGGCAUUCUACGACGCGCCAGAAUCACCACCCGUGGCCACUUUACCAGCGGCAAUCAACCCGGCAGGCCAACCGUAUCUACACAUGACACCCGAAAACGGGUUCAGUCUGCAUAGCCGGCAGCGGCCGUAUCCGGAUCUGGACGCUCAAUGAUGGCGCGGUGACAUCGGCGGCCACCGUGGCACGGACGCUCCGCCAAUUUACGUGUGAUUAAGUGACCACGGUGACCCGGAUCGUUAUUAAACUCACUGAAUAUUUCUCAAUUCACUCGACAAGUUUUGCAAAGUUCCAUUGAUUGACACGUCAAUAUGAAUUAUCACAUUGUUAUGAUUUCCAAACAAUGGAUAGUGGCAAUAUUGGUAAACAAAUAACAAUAUCCCCUUCCCAAUAAAAAAACAAGCGCAAUCCACGCGUUAGAGAAAGUUAAAAAAUUGUGACCCGAGAAAUUAUUCAUACUUGAAAUAUACUGUUAAUUUCUAAUAUUUAAUUUAUCAUUAAUUAUUUUUUGUUUUAUAGAAAAAUGUACUUUAUUAAUUUAUUAACAGUAUUAUCAAAUUUAUCAACACUAAUAUUAUUCAUUAAAAAUUACGAAAUGUAUAAUUGUAGUGAAACCUAAACUACAAAAUUAGAAUUAUUUAAAAAAAUAAAAUUACGUAAUAUGAAAAAAAGCCAAGUGUAUGUCUUGAUCGGUGAUAAGUAACCUACUCUAUGAAAAAUGCAUUACCUAAACCUGCUUAAUUUAUAUUAUUUAGUACCUAUACAUUUUUCAAAAAGAAUUGAGUUUUGAGUGUAAAUAUCAGUUUUUUUUCGUUAAAUGGAAGCCAAAUUCUCAAUUCAUCGUCACUCAUAAUUUUUACGAUCGUUAUUUUUAUUAAUAAGUAAAAUAAUAUGUUAAUAAAAAAAAUUAAAAAAUUAAUAAAAUCCUUAUAUUUUACAACGGUUUAUAUAGUAACAUAAAAAGUGUUCCAUACCGGAAGACAUUGGCCUGUAGGCAGGUUGCCGGUAUAAACGCAUAAUUAACAAUUUAAUUAACUAUGAUUAAAUAUAGGUACACAACUCUGUUAAUAUGUCUACUCACGCCUUGAUGGGAUUGUUUUUGACAUGAACUUUAGAAAACUCUAAUGUUCAUAGUAUAGGAGUAUAUAGAGAUGAUAAGACGACGGACUUAUAUAAGAGUGGCGUUACAAUUUAACGCGUAGGGUCAUGAGUUCGAAUCUCACAACCGUAUUUUUAUUUUAUCGUCCAAUUUCUGAUAAAUCUCUAUGACUGACCGUGUCAAUAAUAACUAGGACCCAGAACUUGAUGACCUGAAAAUCGUUAAAAAAUAAUUUAUAUUUUAUGUCUUAAAAUAUUGAAAAAUUAUGUGUAAUUUGUUUGGGAUCGCGUCUGCUGAAAAUGUAUCUUUUAUUCGUUCUCGAAAUGAAUACUUAAAUUGUUCAUUUAAUUAUAA